AUGGCAGCAUCCCUGGGUGCCAGCCAAGUCCUCCAUGAAACAUUGGGGUUGCCCUCCCAGGAGCAGCCAGAGCGCCGUGCAGUGUCCUGCGGGGAGGACUUUGUUUAUGGUGAAGAGAAUUUUGUUCUGUGUGGGGUUGGGUGGUGGAGAAGCAGGUCAGAGGGGCCAGCAAGCCACACCAUGUCUCGUUUUGACAGAGCUUUGCAGUCCAGCUGGGAGGAAAAGAUGAAGCUGGGUUUGUUCAGGUACCACCUGGGGGAGCUGCAGACCCGUAUCUUGCCUGGGAAUGUCCGGUUUGUGGCCCAGCUGAACAUCCAGAGAGGUCUGGAGAGGAGGAGGCCACAGGACAUCCAGAGUGUCAGGCAGAAAUUCGACCCCCAGCAAUUCCACUUCAAUAAGAUCAAACCAGGGGAAAUCCUCUUCCAUAUGGUCAGGGGCCCUACUCCCCACCGUCCCAGCAGGGGGUGCUCUCAGUUCCAAGGGGGCCCGCCAGACUCCAAACUCCCAGGGACACCUGACUGCAUCCUAGUGGUGAUUAAUGUCAGCCCCUUGGAGUUUGGACAUGUGCUCUUUAUUCCAGACCCCGCUCUCUGCCUGCCUCAGAUUCUCACCCAGGAGCUGCUCCAGUUUGGGCUGGAGUCGGUUCUUCUCAGUGCCCACCCAGGCUUCCGUGUUGGGUUUAACAGCCUCGGAGCCUUUGCCUCGGUCAACCACUUGCACCUACAUGGAUUUUACCUGGAUUGGGAGCUCCUGAUUGAGACGGCCCCAGGCGAACUCCUGUGCCCCACACUCAACUUCCACUUUCUGCGGGGAGUCCCAGCCCCAGGGUUCCUGUUCUACAGUGAAGGGGAGGGCCUGGAGGCCUUGGCACACAACGUCUGCCGAGUCACUGACUACCUGGUGGAUAAAGAGAUUGCACACAACGUGUUUGUGACCCGGGGAACUGCUCCUGGGGAGCCAACCCACUCAGAGACCCGCUCUGGAAUCCGGGUGCUCAUCUGGGCCAGGAGGUCCUGCUUUGGGACCAAAGAGGAAGCUGCAUUUAAUGUGGCACUUUGUGAGCUGGCUGGGCACUUGCCCAUCAAAACUGCCCAAGACUUCCAGAGCCUUACAGAGACAGCAGCCAUUCACAUCAUCCAGAGAUACCUCCUUCCUGAGCCACAGCUGUCACAGCUCCGAGGCCAGUUGGUGACACUUCUCACAGAGUAACCACACGGGCUCUGCAUUGCACAUGGCAUCGCACUUUUCAAGUCUCACUCUUGCGUAUUUUGUAACUGCUGUAGAAUCAUUCAUUGGGGCAGUCGGGGAGCAGGGAGUGACUCUGGAUUUGCCUCCAGGAUCCAACGUGGAGGCAACCUUGCUGUUUGAACCACUGCCCCUCUCCCUGCGGGCACUGCAGACUGGAUCCUCUGGGACGCUGACUGGCCUGUUGUACCAUCAUUGGCAAGAAAGGAAGAAAGAUCUCUAUAGCGGACUUUGUCCUUAACCUCACUUGCCCCAUGUGAGUUUAGGUGGGGCUCUGCGGUGUGCUGGGAGUGGGAGAUAAAGCGGGGGGGUGACCCCCAAGUUCCUUAUCUAGUUAAUGAUUGAACUGUGGGCUUGUUUCUGGAGAAUACAGCCAAUAAACCCCCACCUUUGGAAAUACCGCAGCA